CCCACACUCAUCACACCACUCGCUCUCGCCUGAUUGACUGUGUGAGACAAAUUAGGCUUCUGAAAUGAUCAACAAAUUUGACAGUGUUCUGUUGGCCCAGAAGAAGUUUAUCUACCACUAUAAGAACAUGCGCUGGGCCAAGGGCCGACACGAAACCUACCUGUGCUUCGUGGUCAAGAGGCGGGUGGGACCAAACUCCCUUUCUCUCCCUUUCUCACACACCUCCACCACUCUAUCCCCCCCCCCCCCCCAGCUGCUGUUCCUGCGCCUCCUGGAAGCAGGCGCCCUGUGUCCAGGCCUGUGGGGUUAUGGAGCUCCAGACAGUGUGGGACUGUGUUACUCAGUCACCUGGUUCUGUUCCUGGUCCCCCUGCUCAGACUGCUCCUACAGGCUGGCCCAGUUCCUCAGCCAGACCCCCAACCUCCGCCUCAGGAUCUACGUCUCCAGGCUCUACUUCUGUGACCCGGAGGACAGCAGUGCGAGAGAGGGUCUCCGCAUGCUGCAGAGAGCCGGGGUGCAGAUCACUAUCAUGAACUAUGAAGACUAUUUCUACUGUUGGCAGACCUUUGUGGCUUGCAGACAGCGUGUGUUUAAGGCCUGGGACGGACUGCAUCAGAACUCUGUUCAACUGGCCAGGAAACUUAACAACAUCCUCCAGCCUGGUGAAGCAGAAGAUUGGGGAGAUGCUUUCGAGCUACUUGGACUGUGAUUCACCUCUAUCCCUGUCAUAUUCGCUGAUAUGGAGCUAUAUUAUUUCUGCUCCUCCCACUGCUGCUACCUGUCAGUGUUAUACUGUAAAUGCCACUUUAAUCUAUCAUUGUAAAGUAAAUAAUAACUGAAAUAGGUCAUCUGUACAACUCAAUAAUGUGUUUAUAUACUGUUAUUUAAUCCAUGGGAUUUACAUGUUUACCCUUUGUAGCAUUAUUAUUGUCUUGUAACACAUCCAUUAAAUCAUUGCCUCCAACUGUGA